AUGCCGGCCAACCUCACAGAGGGCAGCCCCGAUGCCAACGGGACCGUGCAGACGCUGGAUUCUCACUCGGCCGUCUGCUUCCCCACAACUUUUGCAGAAGGAGUGGAAGAAGAGGAGCGGGGGUCCUUCUACUCCUCCUUCAGGACCGAGCAGCUGAUCACGCUGUGGGUCCUCUUUGUCUUCACCAUGGUGGGAAACGCCGCUGUGCUGUUUUCCACGUGGAAGCGGAAGAGGAAGUCGAGGAUGACCUUCUUCGUGACCCAGCUGGCGGUGACAGACUCUUUCACAGGACUGGUUAACAUCUUGACAGAUAUCAUUUGGCGAUUCACUGGCGACUUCAUGGCACCUGAUCUGGUUUGUCGAGUGGUCCGCUAUCUGCAGGUUGUGCUGCUCUACGCCUCCACCUACGUCCUGGUGUCCCUCAGCAUAGACAGAUACCAUGCCAUCGUCUACCCCAUGAAGUUCCUGCAGGGAGAAAAGCAAGCCAAGGUGCUCAUCGCCGGCGCCUGGAGCCUGUCCUUCCUGUUCUCCACCCCCACCCUGGUCAUCUUCGGGAAGAGAAAGCUCUCCAACGGCGAGGAGCAGUGCUGGGCGCUGUGGCCCGACGAUUCCUACUGGACCCCGUACAUGACCGUCGUGGCCUUCCUGGUGUAUUUCAUCCCGCUGACCAUCAUCAGCGUCAUCUAUGCCAUUGUGAUCCGAACCAUUUGGAUUAAAAGCAAAGCCCAGGAGACGGUGAUUUCCAACUGCUCAGAUGGAAAGCUGUGCACCAGUUACAACAGAGGGCUCAUCUCAAGGGCAAAGAUCAAGGCUAUCAAGUACAGCAUGGUCAUCAUCCUUGCCUUCAUCUGCUGCUGGAGCCCCUACUUCCUCUUCGACAUGCUGGACAACUUCAGCCUGCUCCCGGACACCAAGCAGCGCUUCUACGCGUCUGUGAUCAUCCAGAACCUGCCGGCCCUGAACAGCGCCAUCAACCCCCUGGUCUACUUCACGUUCAGCGGCUCCUCCUGCCUCCCCCGCCGCGGGGAGCAAAGAUCAAGGGAUUCCAGAACCACAUGUCGCGAGAGGAUCGAGAGGCACGAAAUGCAGGUCGUGUCCAAGCCGGAAUUCAUCUAG